CCGCCCGCCCGCCCGCCUGUCCGGCCGCCGGCUUCCCUGUCCCCCUUUCCCUCCCCGCCGCCCCCCCAACAGCGAGCGCCGCCAUGAUCAUCUACCGGGACCUUAUCAGCCACGACGAGAUGUUCUCCGACAUCUACAAGAUCCGGGAGAUCGCCAACGGGCUGUGCCUCGAGGUGGAGGGCAAGAUGGUCAGUAGGACAGAAGGCACCAUCGACGACGCGCUCAUCGGCGGCAACGCCUCCGCCGAAGGUCCCGAGGGUGAAGGAACCGACGCCACCGUGGUCACCGGCGUGGACAUAGUCAUGAACCAUCACCUGCAGGAGACGAGCUUCACAAAGGAAUCCUACAAAAAGUACAUCAAAGACUACAUGAAAUCAAUCAAGGGCAGACUUGAAGAACAGAAGCCAGAUAGAGUAAAACCUUUUAUGACAGGAGCCGCAGAACAAAUCAAACACAUCCUUACUAAUUUCAAAAACUAUCAAUUCUUUAUAGGCGAGAAUAUGAAUCCCGAUGGCAUGGUGGCCCUGCUGGACUUCCGUGAGGACGGCGUGACCCCGUAUAUGAUCUUCUUCAAAGAUGGCUUAGAAAUGGAGAAGUGUUAACCAAUCUGGCGGACUACUCUCGGUCACCUGUCGUCCACUGGCUGCUGCUUUUCUUCAUCCACACAAACCCAGGACUUGGACAAACCGGACUGAUGUUAUCUCGAGCUUUAUUCAUUGAUUCUGAUCUUGAUUUAUUUGGAGUGGAGGCAUCGUUUUAAAACAAAAAACAAAACCAUGUCAUGUAGGUUGUCAAAAAUAAAAACGCAUUUAAACCUA